AUGGCCACUGAACAUGUUAAUGGGAAUGGUACUGAAGAGCCCAUGGACACUUCUGCUGCAGUUACCCAUUCCGAGCAUUUCCAGACAUUGCUUGAUGCUGGUUUACCACAGAAAGUUGCUGAGAAACUAGACGAAAUUUAUGUUGCAGGGCUAGUUGCACAUAGUGAUCUAGAUGAAAGAGCUAUUGAAGCUUUAAAGGAGUUCAAUGAAGAAGGUGCAUUGGCAGUGCUUCAGCAGUUCAAAGACAGCGAUCUCUCACAUGUUCAGAACAAAAGUGCCUUUUUAUGUGGAGUGAUGAAGACAUACAGGCAGAGGGAGAAACAGGGGACCAAGGUGGCAGAUUCUAGCAAAGGACCAGAUGAGGCAAAAAUUAAGGCACUGCUGGAGAGAACAGGCUACACUCUGGACGUGACCACUGGGCAGAGGAAGUACGGCGGGCCCCCCCCAGAGCCUGUGUACGCAGGACCACAGCCCUCGGUGGGCACAGAGAUCUUCGUGGGCAAGAUUCCCAGAGACCUGUUCGAGGACGAGCUGGUCCCGCUGUUCGAGAAGGCAGGGCCCAUCUGGGACCUGCGCCUGAUGAUGGACCCGCUCACCGGCCUCAACCGGGGAUACGCCUUUGUCACCUUCUGCACUAAGGAGGCAGCCCAGGAGGCUGUCAAACUG